GCCUCCCAGCGCAUCUCUCCACUUGAGCUUGUGGGGGGAAAAAAAAGAAAAGAAGGAAAAAAAGAAACCAGUCAGACCAGUCCAGAGCAGACAUGGCAGCUGACCGGACCGGGACGACACGCGGGGAAAGAGAGAACGCACUCUUAGCAGACGAAGGACCGUUUGAGGAACACGGCGGUCAUGCCCUGAAGAGACACGCCCGGGUCACAGUGAAAUACAACCGGAAGGAGCUGCAAAGACGCCUCGAUGUGGAGAAGUGGAUUGAUGAGCGCCUGGACGUGCUCUAUGCUGGCCAGGAGGGAGAUAUGCCAGAAGAGGUGAAUAUCGAUGACUUAAUUGACCUACCUGACGAUGUGGAACGUGUUAAAAAACUGCAGGAGCUUCUUCAAACCUGUAAAAAUGACACAGAGACCUUCAUCACAGAGCUGAUCGAGAAACUGGAGGGAGUUCAUAAGGAGGAAGCGCUGCAGAGUGAAGGUGUGGAGCAUCCGGUCAUCAGCCACAGCCACCAUCGCCAUGAACCUUAUCACUUCAACAACCCACACCGUGCCCCCCACACCCGAGGCCAGAACCAGACCCUUUGACGAACACCUCCGGCUCCAUUAUACACCCACAAACAACACACAGUAGUUCAAUUGUCAACAACGCAUAACACUCACGUAUUUAAUGACCAAUAUAGUUUGUUCGUCAAAUCCAUGCAAGUGGAUAUGUAAAACAUUGGUGGUUUGAGAAUUUCGUGCCAGUCUGUCAACUGCGUGGUUGUGGCACAGUGACAGGAAGGAAGUGUCUGUUCCUUCAACUUAUUCCAUUCAAUGUUUUGUGCAAGGCGAACAUUUUGUCCUUUACAGGAGGUCUCGCUUGCCGUAUGAAGGAAUUUCAUUGUCCACGUUGUGAAACUGAUUUUAUGAUGUCACUGACAUUCAUUGCUUCUGUUUUGAGCUUUUGCUUCUACACCAAAUUGCUAAUAAAAGUAACACACUGUA